AUGACUGCUUUCCGGAACCCGAAGGGAACAACCAUUGCAUCGAGAAGGGGGAUGGAAAAAAUCAUCUACGACUUCUACUCUGAUCUCUUCGACAGCCAUGUCCACUUGCCUCCUCACCAUCUUAGGGAAGACGGACAUGUCAUUCCAGAGGCUCUCCCGUCCGAAAUACGACAUGCUAUCAUAUCGGUAAGAAAUCGUACGGCACCUGGUCCCGACAGAAUAAGACCAGAACACCUGAAGGCCAGUACUCAUAAACACCCUGGCGAGGCCAUUUACACGUUACCUGUCGGAAUGCAAGGUUCCUAA